GUUGAAGCCCUUCCUGAGGGACCAUGGCAGUCAGGAGUCGCAGACCAUGGCUGAGUGUGGUGCUGGGGUUAGUGCUGGGAUUCACUGCCGCCUCAUGGCUCAUCGUGCCCAGGGUGCUGGAGACUAACAGCAAGAACAAGAAGAUCUUCAACAUCUGCUCGACGCUGCUGCACCGGGCGGGGAUUGGCCGCGCUGCUGCUGGUGCUGGGGGCUCCAGCUCCAACUCCAGGAACCUGGGCUGGCACAGGGACCAGCUACUGGUCAGUAAACUGCCCAAAGGGCAGCAGAGCCAGCAGGAGGAGGAGGACGACGAGGAGGAGGCUGAGGAAGCUGCCAGGGCCAGCGGCAAACAUUUCCUUUAUGUCGGGGUCAUGACGGCCAAAAAGUACCUGGACUCUCGGGCGGUGGCUGCCUACAGGAGCUGGGCUCCCUCCAUCCCGGGAAAAGUGGAGUUCUUCUCCAGCCAGGGCUCCCAGGACAUUCCCCUCCCUGUGGCACUGCCCCUGGUCUCACUGCCCGGGGUCGAUGACUCUUACCCUCCCCAGAAGAAAUCCUUCAUGAUGCUCAAGUACAUGCAUGACCGGUACCUGGAGCGAUUCGAGUGGUUCAUGCGGGCGGACGAUGAUGUCUACAUCAAAGGCGAGAGGCUGGAGGAACUGCUGCGGUCCCUGAACAGCAGCCAGCCCCUGUACCUGGGGCAGACCGGCCUGGGCACCACGGAGGAACUGGGCAAACUCGCCCUCGAGCCCGGCGAGAACUUCUGCAUGGGCGGCCCGGGGAUGAUCUUCAGCCGGGAGGUGCUGCGCAGGAUGGUCCCCCACAUUGGCGAGUGUCUGCGGGAGAUGUACACCAGCCAUGAGGACGUGGAGAUUGGCCGCUGUGUGCGGAGGUUCGCCAAUACCCAGUGCGUCUGGUCCUAUGAGAUGCAACAAUUGUUCUAUGAAAACUAUGAACACAACAAGAAGGGGUAUAUUCAGGAUUUGCGUAACAGCAAGAUCCAUAAUGCGAUAACACUCCACCCGAACAAAAGGCCUGAUUAUCAAUAUAGAUUACACAACUACUUGCUGACUCGUAAAGUUUCAGAACUACGUCAUCGAACCAUUCAAUUGCAUCGAGAAAGUGUUUCUAUGAGCAAACUCAGCAACACUGAAGUACGUAAGGAAGAUCAGCAACUUGGAAUGAUGCCAUCCUUUAUGCGCUUCCAGCCUCAUGACAGGAAUGAGGUCCUUGAAUGGGAGUUUCUUACUGGAAAACAUCUUUUUAGCAUGGUGGAAACACAAAUCCCUCGUCAGGGUAUCAACAGUGCGCUUCGUGCCGCAUUGGAUGACACUAUAAUGCAGGUUAUGGAGAUGAUCAAUUGGAACUCUAAGACCAGAGGACGUGUAAUAGAAUUUAAAGAAAUUCAGUAUGGCUAUCGCAGAGUUAACCCAAUGCAUGGAGCAGAAUACAUUAUGGAUCUGUUGCUACUUUACAAGAAACACAAGGGGAGAAAGGUGACUGUUCCUGUAAGACGUCAUGCCUACAUUCAACAAUCUUUCAGUAAAGCAUUCAUGAAGGAAGCUGAAGAACUUAAUGCCAGAGAGCUUGCAGACAGCAUAAACAGUGACUCUCAGUCUUUCUCAUUCCUAUCAAACUCACUGAAGAUCUUCUCACCAUUCCAAUUCACAGAGAUCACCAAAGAGCUCAAACAACGAAAUGAUCAGAAAGUUCACAUCCUUGUCCCUCUCACUGGAAGAUAUGAGACAUUUGUCCGGUUCAUGGAGAACUUUGAGAAGACUUGCCUUAUUCCAAAUCAGAAUGUAAAACUAUUCAUAUUGUUGUUCAAUUCUGAUCCAAACCCGGAUAAAGGCAAGCACAUGGAGUUAAUGAGAGAGCUGAACCUGAAAUAUCCUAAAGCAGAUAUGACCAUUCUCCCUAUGAAAGGGGAGUUUUCAAGAGGCCUAGCCCUAGAAAUGGGCUCUUCCUCAUUUCAUAAUAACAGUUUACUGCUCUUCUGUGAUAUUGACUUAAUAUUUACUCCAGACUUUGUGCAACGGUGUAGGGACAAUACAAUUCAGGGAGAACAGGUAUAUUUUCCUGUAAUCUUUAGUCAAUAUGAUCCAAAAAUAGUUUAUGGCGGCAAUCCAGUAAAUGAUAAUAACUUUGUUUUCACAAAGAAGACCGGUUUCUGGCGGGAUUAUGGCUUUGGAAUAGUUUGCAUAUACAAAAGUGAUUUGUUGCAUGUUGGUGGGUUUGAUACCUCCAUUCAGGGCUGGGGACUAGAAGAUGUGGACCUUUUUACAAAAGUCAUCUCCGUUGGCUUGAAUGCCUUUAGAAGCCAAGAAAUUGGUGUUGUCCACGUUUACCACCCUGUUCACUGUGACCCCAAUAUAGAUCCUAAGCAAUACAAGAUGUGCUUAGGGUCCAAAGCAAGUACGUUUGGAUCAACAAUGCAGUUGGCAGAACUCUGGCUUGAAAAACAUCUAAAUGGUGGAUACAAUAGAACUGUAUCCUGACAUUCAAGCUGUUUCACUCUCUCAAAGGGUUUUACCUCACAUUUUUACAUUGUUAUGCUUUUGUUUCCAAGUCGCCUCUUCCAAAGAAGAUUUUCGAAGCAUUAAGGUGAAUUAAAUUUAUGAAUAUUUUAGCAUCCUAUGGAAAAUGCUUUCAAAAUGGAUUAUUUUGAUCUUUUUGCCUAAAACUGGGGAAAUUCAAAACACUUGAGGGUACUGUCAAUCAUGUUCCUCCUGCAGGCUUUAUAAAAGUGCUUCACAUGUCAAAAUCAAACUCAGAAUUCAAAACUGAUGUGAUGGAAAUAAUGCCACAAAAGUGCUUUAAGCUUCAAGUGGGAAAGAACUAUUCUAGACUUUUUAAUUUAUGUUCAGACUUUAAAUUGUUGACUUUCACCAUCUGCAGUAUUUUUUAAAACGAUGUGAACAAAAGUAUGAUUGUAUGUUUGCUUUUAAAACUUUUAUGUGGGAAUAUACUCUCACGGGAUUACAGGUACUGGUGACCAAGCUCUAAAUGUCUGAAAAUGUAUGUAUUCUGUAUACUGUGUACAGUGACUUUAGAUGACUCCUUGUUUCUUCAAUGGAAACAUGCUGCAAGUAGGCAUGUAUCUUCAUUCCUGUAGCUUUGUAUCCUUAAAUACCCCUUCAGCUUAGAACAAAUCAUUUGAGAACACUCCUAUUUAUAAUAAAG